AUGGCAGCUAACCCACCGGAAGAAGGAUUCGACCAGGCAGAGUUCGAAGACGACGAGCUUGGAGAGGUGCAGAUCGAGACCUCGUCCGGCCGUAAGCGCCUUUUCAGCAAGGAGUUGCGCUGCAUGAUGUACGGCUUCGGAGACGACCAGAACCCGUACACGGAAAGCGUCGACCUGCUGGAGGAUUUGGUGGUCGAGUUCAUCACCGAAAUGACACACCGAGCGAUGGAAAUCGGCCGUACUGGGCGUGUGCAGGUCGAGGAUAUUGUGUUUCUGGUGCGCAAGAACUCGCGGAAGUAUGCUCGCGUGAAGGAUCUGCUGACGAUGAACGAGGAGCUGAAGCGGGCACGCAAGGCGUUCGACGAGAUCAAGUACGCUGGUGCGGAAGCAAAGCUGAAGUAA